CUCCAACUCCUCCUUUGAAAAGUUCUACAUACAUAUAAAAUGGACUGAGGAAUGAUCUACAAACACAAGUUUUCAUCCAGAAAAGCUCCAAGGAAAGGAAGGGGAGUGGAACGGUUUCCAUAGAGAGGAAAUAUCACAGCCCACUUACGAACUAUACUAGAGAAGACAAAGCUGCGACCCUGAACAGUCAGAAGUUCAGAGGACCUGCCUGAAGCAGCCCUCCUGGCCUGGAAGCUGUGCGUCUCACCCUGAGCAAAGUCCACUUACAGGAAGUGAUGCUGGCGCCCACUUACUUCCUGCUGCUCCUGCUGCUGCUCCUGGGAGGCCCCGGGACAAGCCUCUCCCACAGGUUCUACAACGAUGGACCAGUCUCGAGCUACCUCAACACAGCCCUGUCUGAGGUCAAGAAGAACAAGCUGGAGGAUGUGCCCUUGAUGAGCGAGAAGAUCUUCGGCCACCUGUCCAUGCAGGACCCUUCGGGAGAAGACGAGGGGGAACAAAAGCACAGCAAGAUAAAAAGAGCUGUCUCGGGAGCUACAGGGGGGAAAGGAGCUGCGAUUGUGCGCUACAGAUACCAGCCCCAAGCACAGCACAAAUUGAAGGCGUACUCAGACAAGGCCAAAAGUGACCGAGGCACCAAGGUCACGCUGUCCCUCGACGUUCCCACUAACCUCAUGAACAUCCUCUUCAACAUCGACAGGGCCAAGAAUAUGCGAGCCCAGGCAGCUGCCAAUGCUCAGCUCAUGGCACAGAUUGGGAAGAAGAAGUAAAGCAGAAGCUACGCAGGAGGGCAGACAAGUGCCCCAGAGUGGAGUGUGAGGGAAACUGAGGACAUGCCCUUGAGUUUCAAAGGACAGUCUGUUUUCACUGAUGACCCACUGAUGUGCCCCUCUGAUCCUCUCUUGCUUCCAACCUGGUUUCCCUUCCCCUCUGUAUAUAUAACACAAAUGCAGUACUGUUCAGCCUGUGCAUACAAUGGAGGUUUAACUUCUCUCCUCAUAUCCUGUGUCUGCUCUCUGGUUCCCUGUGACAACAGACCCAGUGCUUUUUCUCUCCAUGCUCCUCCCUGGUGUUCCCAUGUCUAAAGAAAGAGAGCUCUCAGAGCCCCUCCUUGUUCCACUUUGACCUGUGCAUUGGGACAAGCAGGGCAAUGCACAGUUCACCCUCUUGCUACCAAAUACCUCCCCUACUUUCUCAUCUGUAUUAA